AUGGAGACGCCGGCUGAGGCCGUGAUCAUGGUGGGGCGAAGCGCGUCGCCUGCGUCGACACCCGCGAAAAGAUCGACACGCGUCGUGAGGCCAAGCACCAAAAUUCGAGAAGCCGCGCGACAGCCCGACGAUCUGGCGGAGAAGACAACACGCGCAACUAGGCUUGCAACGCGCAUUGCCUCGGAUGAUGUCGCCAUCAGUGACGCGACUGAGCGGCGCAAAGUUGCCAGCAGCAGCAGUGGCGCGAAAGAAGGCCGAGCCAUGCUCCAGAAAGUUCUCGAACUCUUGAGCGAGUCACGUCAAGAAACGCAAAAGCUCAGCCGGGCGAUAGAUGCGCAAAACGAGAUCAUAUCCAAGCAACAGCAGAUGAUCCAGGAAAUGGAUCAACAAGGGAAAGAGAUGAGAGAUGAGCUUCGUCACAUCCGAGCGCAGUUAGAGACCCUGGCUACGCCCGCAUCUUCUCUGCAGAGCAGUCCGCAGAUGUCGUAUGCGAGCGCUGCAGGGCCAUCGCCGACGAUCCAGACAAUGAACCGGGGCACCGUACCAGCAGCUAAAUCGGCACGAACAGCCAUCGGCAACAUCCGAAAAGCCAUAGAGAGCGACAUGAGAAAGAGUCAGAGGCAGGAGACUUGGAAAUGCGCAGCGGUCGUCAAGGAAGCAGCACAGAAGACGGUAACUUCGGGAGCCAGGCGUACCGCAGUGCUGGACGCCGAAGGCAACGUUCUGCCGGGCGCAGCUGAGGCGCUCGGAGCCGAGAAUUACGUCACGAUUGCCAAGAUCACCUGGCUUAGCAACAGAGAGAAAGCCAAAGCGUACGGGUCAAUGGUGAUCUAUGUAUUCGACUUCGAUUUCGACAGACCGCGCUUCAGCUGCUGA